AUGGUUCUCCAAAUCCCCAUAGACCCUAACCCUGUUGAUUCUCUAAUUUGGGGCUUUCACCAAUCAGGCAUCAUUACUAUUAAUUCUGCUUACCAUCUUGCCUCUGCCGCUGCCAAUGUCACAUCUCCUUCAUCCUCUGACCCAAAUCCUUUUAAGAUAUGGUGGAAAACUCUCUGGACUCUUCCAAUUCCCCCGAAAAUAAAACACUUUACUUGGAAAGCUUUCAAUCACAAUUUACCCUGUGCUUUAAAUCUGUUCCACAAGAAAAUCCUAAAUGAGCCCUUUUGCCAUUUCUGUGGAGGUGAUCCGGAAUCGGUAACUCAUGUACUUAUUGAUUGUACCAGAGCUCGUCGUGUUUGGAAGCACUCAAAAUUUAAGAAUUUCCACAAUGAUCACCGAAGGGUUUAUAUCAAGGAGUUUUAUCUUCAAGGCAUUCACUUAAUUCCAAAGGAGGAUCUCCCUCUUUUUGUUAGGUCAAUUUGGCACAUUUGGAAUACUAGAAAUUCAAUAUUAUUUCAAAAAUCCUAUGUUUCUAACAAUGUGGAAGAGUAUGUCAUUAAUUAUUUACAGGAAUACAAGGAAGCACAAAAAAUACAUGCUGCUGCUGAUUCAGUAGCAACUUCGCAUCAACAGAGUUUUUCCUCUCAAUCCUCAGUUCCGUGCAUAAUACAAGAGGAUACCCCAGCUUUGUCUGUUGAUGCAGCCUUAGAUCAUGACAAUUGCGUUACAGGUCUAGGUUUUGUCUUCAAGAUAGGCCUACAUCGAGUUGUUACGUCUACAAAGAUCCAUAAACCAGGAGCAUCCACACCAAUUUUUGCAGAAAGCCAAGCUCAUUUAGAUGGCCUCGCUUGGUGUCUCUCUUCUCAGUUGAAGCUUGAGUUUAUGUUCACUGACUGCCUAAACCUUGUAUCCAAAGUUAAUGGACAUUGGAAGGACCAAUCGACUCUUUCUAGCCUUGUUUUGAAGAUCAGACAUUCCUUCUCCAACUUCCCUGAUGCCUCUUUGAAGUACUUCCCUCGCCAAUUUAAUGCCAACGCACACUCCCUUGCUAAGGAAGCCAUUAGGUUGCGAGAGGAAGAUUAG